UCUGCAUAUAUUGUCAUUUUUCAUCAUGCGCCAAACACAAAAAUAAGAUGGAAGGGAGUUCGAGCGAGUUCAGUCAUUCAGAGGUCUUAUUUACGAAAGAGAAUGGCGCACCACUGAAUUUUUAUAUGAGGCCAUGUGAGCAAAGAGUUGAGCUAAGACGCUUGAUAGAGUAUGGUGGUGGAGCUGUAACUUCCAAAAUUCAACCGGACACCAUCAGGUUAUACUUAACUACAGAUAUUUGCUUUAGUGAUGAAUGCUACGACUCAAGAUACAUUAGAGAUUGUAUCAAACAGGGAUGUCUAUUGGAUUUGAAGGACUAUAAAAUGAAGAAUUCUAGCGAAAAAGAUAAAACACUCACACAUCGCAUUCAAAAGAGAAGGAAAGUGUAAGUUUUAAGUUUUAUUUUUAAUUUCAUUAUUACUUUCUAUAAUAUUUUUAAUUAUGACUCAAU